CUUUCCUUUGGUUUUUUCUAUUGUGUAUAUAAAUCAAUUGGUAAAGGUCUUUCGAGACCCAAGCAAACACCAGAGAUCUGUUUCAAUUCCUCUAAAAUUCUUAGCUUCAAAGGGGUCUUCCAGACAGCUCUUCAAAUUGAAGCUUUCAUUUUCUCCCCAAAUCAUUAAUCUCAAUGGCUACUGUGGUGGAACUGAAGGUAGGUUUGCAUUGUGACGACUGCAUCAAGAAGAUCUUGAAAGCCAUUAAAAAGAUUGAAGAUAUUGAAACCUACAAUAUUGAUACAAAGCUGAACAAAAUCACUGUGACGGGUAAUGUAACAACAGAAGAAGUGAUGAGGGUCCUCCAAAAAAUUGGGAAGACCCCAAGUUGUUGGGAAGAAGAAUAGAGAUACCUUACAUUGGGAUAAUAACUGAAGAUCACAUUCCAUGGCCAAUGGAUCAAAGUUGUAUUAAUUGGACCAGAACAGGGGGCAAUGGCUAUGUUUGAAUUCAUUGUCAGCUGAGAAAGGAAAGAUUACAGAGAAUCAUGAUUCAUCAAGGUGUAAAGAAAGCACUGGUCUUACAUUUCUUAAUGGAAGUCUUUUAAGUAUCCUCUGUUCUGAAGUUGUAAUAAGAAUUAGCAACUACUUGUACUGAAGCAGCCAUGGCUGUACUAAGUGGCAAUGGUGGACAUGAACCCAGUCACUUUUGGUGUAUGUACUAAAUCAGAGUUCUCAAAAUUUUCGCCAA